AGGGAAAGAUCGUACGAUGGGGAUAAAGCAUUCGAUGGCAUUGAAAUUCGUUUAGUGAAUAUGUUAUCAAAAAAAUACAAUUUCACUACCGAUUAUAGGGAGGCCACAGAAGAUAUUUCGGUUGGGUCGUCUGAGGCUGUUACCCGAACUGUCGAGAAGGGUAAGGCGAAUGUGGGUAUUGGAGGUGUAUAUGUCACCCCUAAUAAACUGAGUAGAGUGGGGGUAACAAGAUCGCAUUCUCUUGAUUGUGCCGCUUUUACUUCUUUAUCCUCGACUGCUUUACCGAGGUACAGGGCGAUCAUGGGUCCAUUUCAUUGGACAGUUUGGAUGGCAUUGGUGAUCAUAUAUUUAUUUGGAAUUUUUCCUUUGUCUUUCUCCGAGAAACACACCUUGAAACACUUGAUAAAAAACCCCGAGGAAAUCGAGAACAUGUUCUGGUACGUUUAUGGUACUUUUACCAACUGUUUCACAUUCACUGGGGAAAAAUCAUGGAGCAGAGCUGACAAAGUAGCCACUAGGCUCCUUAUUGUGUUUUAUUGGCUCUUCACAAUUAUUGUAACUGCCUGUUACACUGGCUCUAUAAUAGCUUUUGUCACCCUACCAGUUUAUCCUGCUGUGGUUGAUACCAUCGACCAGUUGAAGGGUGGAAGAUAUCAAAUUGGAAUACUUGAUAAAGGGGAGUGGCCUAAAUUGUUCGUUAAUUAUUCCGAUCCCUCUACUGAAAAACUAUUGAAAAAUUUGGAUUUGGUUCCAGAUGUUAAAUCUGGUCUUAGGAAUGCCUCAACAACUUUCUUUUGGAAUUAUGCAUUCAUGGGUUCAAAAGCAGAACUGGAUUUCAUUCUUCGAACAAAUAUGACGAUGAAGAAUAAAAGAUCCAUAUUACAUGUGAGCGAACAAUGCCUUGUUCCUUUCAGCGUAGCUAUCAUCCUGCCAAAAAAGUCAGUAUAUGGGGAGAUACUCAACAGAGGUAUUGAACAUAUCAUACAGUCUGGAUUACUGAAUAAAAUAAUUUUUGAUGUGGAAUGGGAAAUGAUGAGAAGUUCAAGUGGUAAACUCCUAGCUGCAAAUUCGAGGCCUAGCACCACAAAAACUCUUACUUACGAGGACAGAGCUCUUACACUCGAUGACACCCAAGGCAUGUUUUUGCUUCUGGGUGCUGGAUGUUUGAUAGGAGCAGCAGCAUUGACGUCAGAAUGGUUUGGUGGAUGCUUCAAAUUUUUCACAAAGAAAGCUACGAUCAACUCAUGAACAACUGUAUGAUAUAUAUUAUAUGAUUAUGAAGUGUUAGGAAAU